AUGUAUGCUUCUGAAGCUGAAACCGUAUUGGCUUUGCGGGUUCUUCUCAAUUCUUCAAAUGAAAUACUCCACGCUCAUCGCGACCUCGCCCUACAAACAUUAGAACAGGUUAGAUCCGUUCUCGCCGUCAAACCUCAUAACAACACAACGAGCUCCAAUAUACAAGCAGAGCAGUUGCCAUUUCGCAACCAUGAAACCCCCGAGGACCACUCUCCUUGCCAGCUCGAAGACCGGUCGCACGCUAUCGCCGACCCGACCGAACCAUCGAGAACUGCUGAGAGCGAAAGGAACCAUGAGGCUGAACCUGAGACUCUUGAUGGGUUACGGUCGCAUGGUAAAUCUACCUUGGCUCAAGUCAAUGUAAGAAACCGCAAAAGAGAACUAGCCACGGAGACUCGACUGGCCAAGCUUUUGCAAGCCAUAGAGAAACACCUUCCAAAGUUCGUGGAAUUUUCUCAGAAGACAGCGUCGCUCUUUGACUUGUUGGACAAUGUUCAGGGCCGAGGAGGAUUCAACAUGCGCCUGGAUCACAUCAAGCGAAUUGAUGGGAAUAAGACCCCCAACGAAAAGGAGAGACUCUUGAAAGGACUUUGCCAGAUUUCGCUUGCUCGAGAAUUCACGGCAUGGGAGCGCAAACGAGGUUGGUCUACCAGAGUUGAUCAACUUUACUCUCAAAUCAGUAAAUCCUCUCCAGGAGGUCAAAGGUCAAAGAAACGGCUUGGUAAAGUUUCUCAAUACCUAAGAGAUGCCGGUUGUCGCGACACAGAUCGCAGCGUGGCCAACAAAGCACUAUGUCAAGGCACAAUUCAAUUGUUGUUCAAAGACUUGAUAGAGGAAGCCCUUGGGGAUUCUUCUCUGGAGCAGGUCGCUGGAGGUCUAUUUUCCGCGGUGGCGAUCUUCGAAUUUCAUCAAUUUCAGUUGCUGACAGUUCAACAAUUGCCUCAACUCAUCGACUUCCUGAUUCCGGAAGAUGCUCAUCUCGGCUCUGGGGAUUGUGCAUAUAGCCAUCGCUCGUUGCGGCCUUCUUUACAUUCCAUAAAAAGAGCUGCGGUGUGGUCGGAAAGGUUACAGUCUGAUUUCGAAUCUUACUGUAGAACGAAUUGUCUAAAUAUGCGGGACACCAUCUACCAAUCAUCUGAGGCGCAGACAGAAGAGAAUGGGCCACCGAAAGCCAACAUAACCCGAGUCGAACAAGUUCUGCCUUCAAACGGACUCGGUCAUUAUAUUGGAACAAGCACUGGAGGUGGAAGUCAAAUGUUGUUCAGCGGGAAUUUGGAUUUACAUCAAGAUCAAAGAAUACGCCAUUUUGACGCCAGUCACAAUCCGCCAGCCACGAGCCCGGCAACAUGGAGUAUAGGAGAGGUGACAGCAAACUCUUCAAGUAUUUUACCACAUGUUCAGUCACAGACAAUCACACAUGAUGUCAACCGGGGAGUUGAUCCUGAGCCAGGAAUCAUGCAUCCUCGUCUGUUUUCACAAUUCAUGAUUCCUUCCUCGGCUGACACGGUAAUACCUUCCAUAUCACCGCAAAUUUACUUGCCGAGAUCGAUGGAUAUCGAGCCAGAUAUAUUAUAUUCCGACUUUCUCCCCGGCACUGUCGACUCCUUGAUAUUGUCAAACUUUCCCCAGAUCACACCUUAUGCAACCACCCAUUCCCCAACGGAGCAGAACUAUGGCAAUGCCAAUGUUCGAACAGACACGACGUUUUCCAACUACCCUACCCAAGUACAGAGAUUCGAUCCAUACGCUUGA